AUGUCUAGCGCCCCCGUCGUCACCCGCCCCGCAAGCCUUACCCUCGCAGCCGCCCAGGUCGCCUCCGAGGCAUGCAGGGCCAAAGCAAACGCGAUCAAAUGCCCCAUGAACAUCGCCAUUGUCGAUCAUACUACCUACCUGUUGCACUUCGAGCGCAUGCCCGGCUGCAAAAUCACAUGCAUCGAUAUCAGCAUGAGCAAAGCCUACACGGCGGCAGGACAUCACGCCCCGACCUCCACCUGGAAGGACAUUGUAUACCCGGGAGGUGCUGCAUAUGGCAUCAAUAAUGGCAACGAUGGCAAGUUUAUGUAUGUUCCAGGCGGCAUCCCGGUCGCGCAGGCAGGCGUCGAUGCUAUAAUGAAGCUUGUGGAAAAGAAGAGAUAA